UGGAGAGGUUCCUCGUGUGAGCAGUAAGGUUCAGCCUGGGACUUUCAGCUCUUUUUAUCCUUCUUUGCGUUUAAGGCCGACUGUAUUGUAUAUUCGCUAUGUUGCAAUUUCGUAGCAAUCACGCUACGACCGUCCUAAGGAUGGCUCAGGCUGAUGGUAAGGUCCUUGCUCUGGGGGUUUUGGCUGGGGCAGCGGGGAUCAGCCUGGCUGCUGCCUGGUACCAGAGCCGACGGGCUGUGGCCAGCAGUGCAGGGACAGGCACCUAUCAUCCAGGGCUUUACACCCGCAGCAAUGCAGGCAGUGUGGCACUGCAGGGGGGGCAGGCAGAGGUGCUGGAUCGGCUGGGAGCUCUGAUCCAGUGUGUGUCGGAGCUGAAGGAGGAGGUGAAGGCUCUAAAGGAAACUCUCCCGCAUCUUCAGGACCAUGUGAGGGAUGAGCUGAGGGGAAGGAUCGGGGCCCGUAAGGCCAGUCCUCUAAAUAGAACCACACCCACCAGGAGGAAGAGAGCCAGCGGAGUGACGAGAGCUGAGGGGCAGAGCUCAGAGGAGGCAGAGAGUGAAGGAGGAUAUAUGACUGCUCUGACAGACUCUGAAGAAGAGGAUCGCAAAGCUGAGGAGCCGCUGGACGACCUCACUGCCCUGUUACGGAGAGCAGAUGGACUGCAUGAGUGUAAAGGAGACAAAAAGAAGCAAGGCCUCUCCACUCUGCUGGAGAAAAAGGAGAAGUUUGAUCAGAAAUGUCAGUAUCUAUGGAGACUGACCAGAGCUUACGCUGAUGCGCAUGACUUGGCUGGAGAUUCUCUAGAAAAGAAGAAAUAUGCUGAAAAAGGGAAGCAAAUUGGAGCGCAAGCCAUUUCAGUGAAUCCAGUGUGUGCCGAAAGUCAUCAGUGGUAUGCUAUUCUGUGUGGACUUCUAUCGGAAUAUGAAUCUGUCCAGAGUAAGAUAAAGAAUGGUUACCUUUUCAAGGAUCAUCUGGAUAUAGCCAUUAAGCUGAAGCCUCAGGAUCCACUGUCUUAUUAUCUGCUGGGCCGGUGGUGCUAUGCUGUGGCUCAGUGCACAUGGAUUGAGAGGAAGAUUGCUGCUACAUUGUUUGGAGAACCCCCAAGCUCAACCAUCCAGGAUGCACUGCAGAACUUCCUCAAGGCAGAGGAGCUCUGUCCGAAGUACUCGAAGUUCAACUAUGUGUUUUUAGCCAAGUGUUACAAAGACCUGGGCCAGAAAACCCAAGCCAAGAAGAUGUGUGAAUCUGCCUCUGCUAUGAGCAUAGUAACUAAAGAGGAUGAGGAAGCACAGAAGGAGCUGGCCUCUCUUCUCUUGUCACUUUAGUCUCUGGAAAGAAUCCCUGGGCUCUUCAUGUGUGUUCUCGUUUGGCAUUGUUGUGAUGACGGCGCUGGACUCAAGGCAUUUUGUCACUUUUUCACACAUUUCUGCUGAGUGGAGAUUAACAUUAACAUUAAGAAUGACUGCACUUUGAUGAUGGUGUGCUUAUGAAGAGUACAGCAGAUAACGUAUGAACUCAGUUAGUGGAGUGUCCUUUUAACAAUAACUUGGUAUAAAUUUAGACUGUUUCUAACCUAAAGAAUAUUUUAGUGCCCAUCAACUCUGCAGUAGGGCUACAGUAGGCCUUGGAGAUGAUAUCUAGAAACAGUCACUGGGGGUUUUUACAGUGACCUGCACUGUAAGUUGUUCCAGAGUUGAGGCAGCUUAUGUUCUUUUUGUAUUAACUGUUUUCAUAUUUGUGCUCAUUAAAUCUCACAUUAUUAGGUGUAACAUUUAAUAAUGUGCUUCAGUCCCUUUCUAAUCACUCCUGUCCAGCAAGUUCUAAUGGUAACAUCACACAGAGCACAAACGUCCAUCCACCUGUGGACGUUCAGCACCUCCUUCUUGUCUGUUUCUUUAUCACUUUAUCAUAUCAGGUGAAAUCCUACCUACCUAACACUUUCCUUUUCACAACUGUGCAGAUCUCCAUUAUCUUUAGAGGGCUGGGAAACAUAUGGUGCUUUUACUCUUAAAAUCUCAUCAGAGCCUAACACUAGUAUAGCAGCAUAUUGUUAGAUCUAUCCCAUGUCUCCCCAUGUGUACUCAUAUCAGUAGCAUUGUCUUAGCAGGCUGACGGCUGAGCCAAAAAUGUUGCUUCAUCAUUUUUUGGAGCUUGUUUUCAUUUUUCUUGCUUUAUGGAGCUGCUGGGUCACACUAUUUAAACACACGUAAUUCUGGGACAGACCUGUGGAAGGUCAAUGGUAACUAAGAAGGAAAAAGUCUUGAUGUCAUUGUCUUUUAACAUCUGGAAAAAGGGCUUUUCAGUUAUGAGGCCACAUGUUCAUCAUAAUGAAGCAACAAUGCUUCCAAAAGUGUAUGAGGUAAUAUUUAUACUCAUCAUAUUCCAUGCUGUUUUUAUAGUUAAAUUUGAAUGUUAAAUGUGGACCUCUACAGAUUUAAAGGUAGAUGUGUAUGGCAAAUGUUUUCAGCCAAAAUUUCCUGAAAAAUAAGCCCUGUUUUUCCAUAUCGCACUGAUAAACACUGGUGAGCCAGCAAUCAGAAAGCCAUAGGUUCAAAUCCCAGGAAUGCCUGGGUAUACCUGGUUGUAACCUUGGGCAAAGCAGUCAAUUCCCCUCCCCCUACCUUGGUGACACUGUGCUGCUCCCAGGCUGGGCAUAGUUAGACAGCAAAAUGUAGAAUCAAUUACGUACAUAAAACCUAAAAAUCCCAGCACUGUAUUUUGCCACAGCCUUUUGCCUGUUGUGAAUUUGCAACAUUCAUACUGAUAAGCCGUAAUGUUUUAUCUUCUAACUUGCAUUCCAUUACUAAAAGGCAUAGGGAAGCAGAACCAUUUGAAGAUGUUCAUCAUUUUCAGUUAUGGAAAUAUUUUUUGACUUAUUUGUUUUUGAAACCAGUCGCCCCCAAACUGUAGCCACUAUUUGGAACUGUAGUGUUAAAAGAUAUUAUUUUAGUAAAGAGUCUUUUUUUUUGGGUUAUUGUGCUAAAUCUUUGAUCUGGUGAUACAUUUGAUCAUUUUUUGUAUCUCUAGAUAUGUACAUUUUAGAUGUUUUUGUUUUUGUCUGUCUGUGUUUUAGACACUACAAUUGUUCUAGGUUUACCAAAGAUAUGGAGGAGUCUUUUGGAAGUCAUAUGAUCAUAUUAUUCUCCUGUUUUCUUCAAUACUCGUGUAAUAUAUUAUUAUUGUCAUGUGAUUUGAAAUUAUACUGUUUUGAGAUUAUAGCUGGCAAAUUGGCUUUUACUCUGUCAUUUUAAGUAUAUACUUUUUUGAGCCACUAAUAAGAAUGUAUUUUGCUUUCUAAUCUAGAGGGUUGUUGGUGUAUUCUGCAGAACUGCAGCAGUCAGUAUACUGUAUAUUCUUGUAAAUAGAAAAUAUAUGUAUGUAACAAUCCAUAAUCUAUGUAAGGUUAUUGAUUUACUCUAAGUGCUGUUAGUUGCCCAGUAUCAUUAGAACAGCCGAAAAAGGCACGUAUUGUAUGACUGUGGCUAAAUCGGUAUAAUAGUUCCUGUGGUUUAGUCUCAUUCUAACUGACAAAAUUGUGACUGAAAAUGUCUUGCUGAAGACAACUGGACUAUGAAUCAAAUGAAGACCUGAUUUGAUUUUGGUUGCACAGUGAACCUUUGGACACUCUAGCCAUUGCUGGAAUUUGGCUCUGACACCAGGAAAGUAAUAAAGGCCGGAAAACAACACAGAAGCAGCAUAGACAGACUUUUCAGGCACAGUGACCUCUUUACUGUUGCUCUCUUUCCUCAUUCAUUCUUCGUCUCACGCAGUGGACAGCUGGAACAGGAACUAAUUACAGGUCAUGUGGACAGAAGGCCAUCAUCACUUGACUGUCAGUUCCAAAGGGAAGUGACUCGUUCGCCUCUGCACAGCUAUUUUUCCCAUGUGGUUGCCAAUUUGGACGGUACUUUGAAAGGACAUGAGUUAAUCAGUGUCCAAGCUGGAGCUAGUCAGCACUUUACUCACAGAGCUACUGUGCAGCUGUGAGGUUUUGGUUUCUGUUUCAACUUUAAAGUAAAUAAUAAAAUUUACAUUCUGAUGAA